AUGACACAAGGUAAAAAGUGUCGACCUCUAAGUGCAUCGUUUGUGCGAAAUGGUUCUAAAUAUGAGCAAGCGCGUACAGUUGGGUCUCUCACACGGAUAGACACUUCAGGCGAAUCUGCAGAGCUAUCGACGGAGACACUAAGUUCUCUGGAAUCAUCAGAAGUAGAUGAGGGUUCUGGCGAUGAUGUACCUGUCCCCACUGCUAUUAGUAAGAAUGAUACGAGAGACGCGCUGAAAUCCGAUGGAAGCGAACAGGAUCCAGUAGUAUUCCUGUCAGACAAGAACAGUUACAUUCCGGUGAGCAUCAAGCCUCGCUCUCCGGCUGUGGACGCGAGUUGGCGGGAACCUCCUGCUUGGGAAAGAGAGUACAGACGACAUCGCACAAAUGGAAGUAGAGUGCAGUACAUUGAAGCAGAAUGUCAAGACGAUUUUAUGAAGAUAAGGGUUGGUUUCAACGGAUCUUUUAACGGCUUGGUUUAUUCAGCUGGCUAUUCUUACGAUCCAGAUUGCAUGUAUAUAAAUGGAUCUGGCCGUGACUACUACGAGUUCUAUAUACAACUGAACCGUUGCGGCACUCUCGGAAGAAAUAGCCAGCACGAUGACUCGAGGAAACAUCCUACUAAGAAUUUGAUGUGGAACACAAUAACGGUCCAAUACAAUCCUUUGAUUGAAGAAGAACUUGACGAACACUUCAAGGUGACCUGCGAGUAUGGAUAUGAUUUCUGGAAGACUGUUACAUUUCCCUUUCUAGACGUCGAGGUGGCGACGGGCAACCCGGUGGUGUUCACGCUGCAGCCGCCGGAGUGCUACAUGGAGAUCCGCUCGGGGUACGGUGCGGGCGGUGCGCGUGUGUCCGGCCCCGUGCGCGUCGGCGACCCGCUCACCUUGCUUAUAUAUAUGAGAAGCGCGUAUGACGGCUUCGACAUUGUAGUGAACGACUGCUUCGCACACAACGGAGCUGCAAAGAGAAUUCAACUAAUUGAUGAAUUUGGGUGUCCAGUGGACGAUAAGCUGAUCUCCCGAUUCCGUGGGUCGUGGUCAGAAUCCGGCGUUUUCGAGACUCAAGUGUAUGCAUAUAUGAAGACUUUCCGCUUCACCGGGUCUCCUGCGCUUUACAUUGAAUGCGAUGUCAGGAUGUGCCAUGGAAGAUGUCCGUCACAGCCAUGUCACUGGCGGAAUAUGAAGAGCGUGCGUCGUCGGUCGGUGGAGGGGGAGACGGCGAGCGUGGCGCCGCGACUGUCCGAGAACAUUUCGUUGUUCCAGUCGCUACGGGUGCUGCAGGAGGGGGAGGAGGACGACACCAUCACUCGAACAGAGUCUACUGAAGGCCAAACGUGUAUGAAAACGUCCGCGCUGUCCGCGAUGAUAGUGUCGUGCGGCGUGCUCGUGGCGGCGCUGCUGGCGGCGCUGCUGGUGGCGGCGCGCGGCUGGCGGCGCAACCACGCCCGGACGCCCGCGCACGCCUACGUACCGCACAAGGGGCGGAUUAAGUAGAUUCGUUUCUCGUGAAUAGAUAUUAGUUUAAUUGGAGAGUGUAUAUUGCAUUGGCGUAGCCUUUGU